AUGUUAGUUGCAAAAGUUGUCCAUAUAAUAAUCAACACGCGACGAGGAAGAAAGUUCUACAUGACUACACUUGGAAACAAUGGGUUCAUUCUCUUUUGCUCCUUGUUUUUGGCAGGUACUUUCCGUAUCUUAUAUGAAGUAGUAAUUAACAACAAUUUCACUUCUCUAGGAUAUUUGAUUCAUGGCGCUACACUUUAUGACUAUUCAGCAACAAUAGAGUGCCACAAGCAACCAUUGGAUCCUCAAUAUGGAGGAGGCUUAAUUGCAAAUCCUGGAUUUGAUAAAGGCAUAGAGGCCUGGAAAAUAGAUGGUCAUGUAAAAAUAGAAGCAAGGGAAUCUGGUGGAAACAAAUUUAUUGUGGCGUAUAAUAGAACCACGCCUUAUAGUGUCUCACAAUCUUUUCACUUGAAGAAGGGCCUAUAUUACGCGUUUUCAGCUUGGGUUCAAUUAAGUGAAGGAUCAGAUACUGUGGUUGCCAUGAUUUAUAACUCAGCCCAAAAAGCUGUUAUUAUUGUGGGAUCAGUAAUAGCUAAAUCUGGUUGCUGGUCUAUGAUCAAAGGUGGACUCACUGUUGAUCAUAAUGCACCUUCAGUACUCCAUUUUCAGAGUAAUAACACUAAGUCCGAGUUAAGGGUGGAUAGUGUUUCUCUCAAAGAAUUUACCAAAUAUGAAUGGCAGGAAAAUCGGUUGAAAAAUAUAGAGAAGGUUCGGAAGAGAACAUUGAGAGUAAAUGUGUCAAAUAAGGAUGGCAAGAAAAUUGGAGGAGCAAAAAUCAAGAUUCAACAGAGGAAACUACAAUUUGUUAUUGGCUGUGCGACACCAUCGUCCAUUUUAAUGUCUGAAUCGUAUCAAAAAUGGUUCGUGUCCAGGUUCACAACAGCAGUUUUUGACAACGAGAUGAAAUGGUACUAUGUGGAAGGAUUACAGGGCCACGAAAAUUAUAGCACCCCAGAUGCAAUGCUCAAAUUCUUUGAAGACCAUGGGAUUGAUGUCAGAGGACAUACUGUCCUAUGGGGAGCAGAUAAUAUCCAACGUUGGGUAAAAGAUUUACCACCAAGACAACUUUUAAGUGAAUCUGUACGACGAAUGGGUAGCAUUAUGUCAAGAUAUGCAGGUAAAUUGGUUGCUUGGGACGUUGUAAAUGAGAAUUUACAUCACCCACUAUUUGAGGAAAGACUUGGGAAAAAUGCUUCAGCUAUGUUUUACAAGAUCGCAAGCUCAUUAGACAGCAAAGCGACUAUGUUCUUAAAUGAGUUCAACACUUUAGAGCACCCUGGUGAUAUGGUUUCUAUACCUUCCAAAUAUGUCGAAAAGCUUCAGGAGAUUAAGGCAUUUCCAGGGAAUGAGGAAUUGGUGAUUGGAAUUGGACUUCAAGGGCAUUUUGAUAGUCAUCCUAAUAUACCAUAUGUUCGUGCUGUUUUUGAUUUGUUAGGAGAAACUAAAAUGCCCAUUUGGCUCACCGAGCUAAAUGUUAUGCCCUGUUCCAACCAGGCUUACUAUUUGGAAGAAAUUAUGAGGGAAGCGUUUGCACAUCCAGCUGUGAAAGGGAUGAUGAUAUGGAUAGGAUGGAAGCCAGAUAGAUGCAAUGAGAUGUGUUUGUUAAAUUACGAAUUGCAAAAUUCGCCAUCAGGGGAUGUGGUUGACAAGUUAUUUGCUGAAUGGAAGACAACAAACUUAACGGGUGUUACAGAUAAAGAAGGAUCGUUUGAGGUUAAAGUUUUCCAUGGAGACUAUGAGAUCACAGUUUACAAUCCUAAUAGUGGUGCCAAUGUCACAAAGGAAGUGCAGGUCUAUGAUGACAAGUCUGAAACACUCCAUGUUUCGAUUAGUCUGUGAAUUCAUCUUUCACAUGCCACUGAAAAUGUGGAUUGAUAAGAAAAAACAACUUUAAUUGCUAAGAAAAUAAGUA